AUGCGGGAAGCCGAGGAGAGAGGGAGGCAUCCCGACGAGAUGGACAGCGAUCCCUUCACCGCCAAUGCGACCAGCCGUAUGUCCUCUGAUUUCCGCUCUGCUGUCUCCACAUCGCCUCUGGAGCAUAGCCUACACCACGCUGGCCACCUGGAGCGAGCCUGCAGUGCGGGCAUGACGUCCACGGUGUCGGCAAAACGCCAGCGCAGCACCGAGGCAGUCGGCGUGCCUAUUCUGGACGAGGUACAUCCUGUCUGGCUGGAGGCGGCCCCCGGCAAAAGGUAUUUGCUGCUGGAGGACGCGGACACGGGAGACAUGCUGAUGCCGCUGAUCUACAUGAAGGCGGUCUUCGAGGCCAACUACAGCCGCAAGCUGUCCGCGCUCAAGCACCGGCUCGUCACCAUGCCGGCCGACGCGGUGCUGCCGGACUCGCGCGCAAACGCAUACCUGUAUUGGCGCUGGGCAUUCGAGGCGCCCCCCGGGGUGAAGCUGCUCGUGCGCCAGGAGCUGGGCGAUGACAACACGCCGCAGGGCCAUCUGCGGCUGGUGCUGCUGCCAAUAGUGUACAAUGCGAUGGCGCUGAAGGAGCAGCUGCGAGGGCUGCCGCUGUUCCGGGCGCUGCAGGGCGCUAUUUGCGCGUCUGCUUAUGACUGCCUUCUGCGCCACCCGCCUCCAGACCCCACCACGCCCGACAAACAGGCCGACCCGGGCAGCGGCGCAGGCGAGGCCGAGGGAGGGAUGCCAGCAGGCAGCGCGGCCGCCCCGGGAAACGGCGCGCAAUCGCGGCUGUUUGCCGGCCCACGCGACCUGGCGGCCACGGCGGCAAAGUACAUGUACAACUUCCGCGAGGCCGAGGCGACCGACGUCAGCAUCAAGCGGCCGCGACUCGUCCACUCCGCAUCCCACGACGAGUUGGGGCGGGGCAGAGAGGUCUGCCAUCACCACGGCGCAGCGCGGCAGCCGGCAGCUUGCAGCCACGCAACCGAGCUGCGGAGGGAACUUCGUGACUGGAAGCGGCGGGUGGAAACGCAGGUGGAGAGCAUCUUUGGAGAGCUGGCCAUCGUCAAGAAUUGCAUCAUGCAGCUCUACAACGUGCUGCUGCCCGGCAAAAUCCCUCCGAUGCCGCAGCCGCCGCCGCCGCCGCAGCCGCAGCAGCACGGCCGGGCCAUUCCGCCAUUGCAGCAGCCGCCGCCUGCGUACCGGCAGAUGGGCGCGCGCGUGCAGCCGCGCAGCCUGGCGCUCUCGGGCCGAGCGCCAACGCCGCCGCUGCCGCCGGCUGAGCAGUUGCGCAGCAGCCGCCUGCCAGACGGCCUGGUCUCCCGUGGCGUUGCCCGCGAGGCCUCCCAUGAGUCAACCACCUCUGCCAUGCCAUGCGCGCCAAACUUGGCCGCCUUUGCACACACGCUCCCGCCACACAUGCCACAUCAGAUUGCGCCUCCUCCCGAGUCCAUGGCAUCGAGCGGCCUGGCAGCGGCGCCGAUUCCUGCCCAGCCGGGCAGCGAGUUUGGGCAGCCCGUAGGCCACAGCUUCAUUAUGGGCCACCCCGCGAUACACGGCUGUCUGAGUGAGGGCGCGGCAACCCUCGCCCUGCAUGUACCGCAGUUGAGACCAGCGCAGCGCGUUCCCUCCCAGCAGCAUUGGGAGGCGAUGCAAGGCAUGGCGUCGGCAGCAGCGCAGCUCGCGCCGCAGCAUCCACCCUUCUCCAUGCCCACCCCCUGGCGGUGA